UAUAAGUGUAUCACUAAUUUCGGUGUAUUUUUUGUACUAACUUGGCUCUAUUUGAGUCUGCUUUGUAAAGAAAUAACCGAAUGCUCAUACUUUUCAUAAUCAUAAGUCUUCAGUCUUGUAUUUUAUGGACGGUAUAGUAAAGAAAUUUGAUUACCAGCAUAGACUCUUGUAAAGUGACAGCCUCCACUACUGUCAAUGGCAAGUCAUUCCAUAAGCCUAUCACCUCGUUAGAAAAAAUAAAACUGGAAAAGCAUUAUUAGUUGUGACGAAAAAAGAUGAUUGAAAUUACCUGUAACGAUCGACUUGGAAAGAAAGUACGUGUAAACUAUGUUCCAGAUGACACUAUUGGAGACUUGAAAAAAUUGAUAGCAGCUCAAACUGGAACUAAAUGGGAUAAAAUAGUUCUGAAAAAGUGGUAA